AUUUCAGGAGGGAGGUUGAAGCAGAGGAGCAGAUUUACGCAACGGUUCCGCAUCUCCUCUAAAUGCUCCUCAGCACAGAAGUGUACCUGGACUGUGGGAAACCUUCAGGAUUCAGGAUUGAUCUGGUUUAGUUGUCAUAAAAAGGCAGGCUAAUUGAAGUUGAAGACUUGUUGGCUCCUGUCUGCGGCUCUUUUUUCGGUUCUCUUUUUGUUUUACGCGCAGCUUUUCGCGCACCUGAGUCCCGCCGCUCAGCUCCUGCAGCUUCAACAUGACUUUAAGGCAUCAGAGGGGCUAAAACUAUCAUGGUGACAUUAUUUCCCGGCGUCGUACCUGCUGCUGCUGCCUCUCACUGUGGAAUAACCGGAGUCCAGGUGUCUCCAGGGCAGAGCUGAUGUGGCCGUUUGGAGACGCCAGCCGGGAUCUGACAGAGCGCAGGAGUUUGGGAUGCGACAGAAACCUUAAGGAGACGGUGCUCGGCUUCUUUUACCUGGAUUCAACUCGGGCUGCGCAGUGCCAUGGCCUCUGAAACGGUGUGCGGGCUGGUGUUCAGGCUGCUGCUGCCGGUUUGUCUCGCAGCCGCUUGCCUGUUCAGGUACAAUGCCCUGUCCUUCGUCUACCUCAUCUACCUCCUGCUUCUUCCACUCUUCCCAGAGCCCACGAGCAUGACAAUGCAAGGCCACACAGGACGUCUGCUGCAGUCCCUCUGCUUCACCAGCAUGUCCUUCCUGCUGCUCCACAUCAUCUAUCAGAUCACCGUCAACAGCCUGCUGGCCGGGAACUCCAUCGCCUCCGACUUCAACUGUUCCUCGUGGGAGAAAUCCAUCAGACAAAUCGGCUUUGAGAGCGUGAUUGGGGCAGAUGCAGGAAACGGCAUCCGAGUGUUCAUCCCUGACAUCGGCAUGUUUGUGGCGGGUUUGGCCAUCUGGCUGCUGUGUCGUGGUCUGGUCCAGAAGAGACCGCCCGAGGAGAUGGCUCAGUACAACGCCGACUUCGAAGCAGAGGAGCAGGACGAGGAGAAGCUGAGCCUGGACGACAACAUCCUGCUGGAGGAGGACUACGAAGCCGAGGACGAGGACGACGAGGAGCUGUACGAUGAAGAGGAGGAGGAAGAGGAGGAGGAGGUGAAGGAGAGCGCCAAGAUGAAGGUUCUACGGAUCGUGGCGGAAGUCGCCUCCAAAGUGAAGGAGAUCAUCGGGAACCUGAUCACCACGGCGGGGAAGGUGGUGGUCACCAUCCUGUUGGGCAUGACGGGGAUCAUGCUGCCCUCGCUCACCUCGUUCGUUUACUUCCUCCUCUUCCUCUUCCUCUGCACCUGGUGGUCUCUCCGCCGGACCUUCAGCACGCUCAUCUUCAGCUGCAUGUGCGUCCUGAUGGCCAUCUUCAGCGCCGGACACAUCAUCAUGCUCUACCUCUACCAGUUCCAGUUCUUCCAGGAGUCCGUCCCGUGGGACGACGGCUACAUCAGGGUGUUCGGCUUCUCCCCCAUCAUCCAGAGCAACUGUUCGUACACGUGGAAGCUGAUCGUGCACUCGGACCGGAAGUGGUACCACUUCGUCAGCCCCAUCAUGCUGCUGGUCCUCUACUACACCCUGGCUACGCUCAUCCGCCUCUGGCUGCAGGAGCCCGUCGAGCAGCUGAUGGACGACAAAGACGACGACGUGAACGAGGAGGAGGAGCAGGACGGAAACAGCUCUGCCAACAGGAAGAGGCACAUGUGGUGGGAAUCACGGCAGGGCACCGACGAGAAGAACCUGCUCUCCACUCAGGACGGCAUCAGCACGACCGAGGCUGUUCCCACCGCUAACGGGACGUCGUUUGACUUCGUCACGGCUGAGAACGGACCGGUCUGUCUGGACCUGUACUCCACCCCCCAGUAUAAACUGGACCAGCCCAUCGACAGCCCAGAGAAGAAAGACGAGGGCGUGUACGAGGUGUGUUUGCCUCCGGAGGACUCGGCUCAGAAGGAAUCCGAGGACGAAGAGAACGACCUAAAGAAACGAGGAGUCGGAGCGAUGGUCAAAGUCUUCCACUUCGUCAUGAAGCAGAGCUACAUCUGCGCUCUCAUCGCCAUGAUGGCGUGGAGCAUCACGUACGUCAGCUGGCUGACGUUCGUCUUCCUCAUGUGGUCCUGCAUGCUGUGGAUGGUGAGGGACCGCCGGCGCUACGCCAUGCUGACCUCCCCCUUCAUGGUCGCCUACGGCAACCUGCUCAUCGUCCUGCAGUACAUCUGGAGCUUUGAGAAGAUGGGGGAAGUCUCGGGAUUCUUUGUCAAGAAGAACAACCCGUUCCACUCGCUUUCAUCCAAGAUCCUGUGUCUGUUGAGCUUCUGGCUGCUGCUGAGACAAACGCUGACAGAGAGAGAAGAAAAGCUAAAGGAGGACAACAUUGACCUGUUAGACGUUCAUGUGGAGGAUCAGAAGAAGAAAGAGGAAGAGGACUCUGAGGAGGGAGGGGAGCCGGACGUCAUGCAGGUCCUCGGUAACAUGGUGAUGGCUCUGCUGGUCAAAUACUGGAUCUACAUCUGUGGAGGCAUGUUCUUCUUCGUCAGCUUCGAGGGAACCAUCGUCAUGUACAAGAUCAUCUACAUGAUGAUGUUCCUCUCCUGCGUGGUGCUCUACCAGGUGCACUACGAGCGGUGGCGGUGGAUCCUCAAGUACUUCUGGAUGUCGGUGGUGAUGUACACGAUGCUGGUGCUCACGCUGGUCUACACCUACCAGUUUGACGGCUCUGAGGACACCUGGUCCAAGAUGCUGGGGAUGAAAAACGAGAGUUUGAAGGAUCUGGGCCUGGAGAAGUUCUCCUUGUCGAUGUUGUUCACCAGGAUCUUCAUCCCCACCUCCUUCCUGCUGGUGUGUAUUCUCCACCUGCACUACUUCCACGACCGCUUCCUGCAGCUCACCGACCUCCAGGCUGUGGUGGCUAAAGAGGAGAGCACCAUCUACAGACUGGUGCACCAGGACGGCAGCCUGGCCGACCUCACCAUGCUCAGCGCCAGCUCUGUGGAGGCGGCGCUGCCCAGGGAGGAGGAGGAGCCUCGGGACCAGAUGGAGGAGGACCAGGGGAGCUGGGCGUCGGAGAAGGAGAAGGAGGUGGCCCUGGUGGUGGUGAUGGACGACACCAGCAUGAGCAGCGACAAACACAAGAGCUUCUCAGACCCACGACAGUCCAGCACCGAGGACAGCCACCACUGCAGCGCCAGGACCGAGCCGGAACCGAGCACCGAACAGAGCUCAGAUCUGAAGAACAAAUGGCACCUGGUGGUCGACCGUCUGACCGUGCUCUUCCUCAAGUUCCUGGAGUAUUUCCACAAACUGCAGCUGUUCAUCUGGUGGCUGCUGGAGAUCCACAUCAUCAAGAUCGUGUCGUGCUACAUCGUCCUGCACUCUGUCAGAGAGGUGUCUUUCUUGAACUCGGUGUUCCUGGCGUCCUGGGCCUUCGCUCUGCCUUACAGCCAGUACCGGCGUCUAGCCUCCAGUGUUUGCACUGUCUGGACGUGUGUCAUCAUCAUCUGUAAAAUGUUGUACCAGCUGAAGUCCAUAGACCCCACCACCUACUCCAAGAACUGCACCAAACCAGGCGGCUACACUAAGAAUCCGCUGGAUGACUCUCUGCUGUACAAAGCGCCCGUGGAUCCGACCAACUGGGUGGGCCUGCAGAAGACCGAUGACCUGCUGGGUUACCUCAGGUACAACCUCCUGAUGCUAGCUCUGUUAGCGUUUGAGGUGACCAUCUACCGCCAUCAGGAAUACUUCAGACUGAGGAACAAACUGUCGCCUCCCGCCGCCAGGAUCAUCUUCCACGACAUCACGAGGCAGCACCUGGACAUCGGCAUCGUCUGCUUCGUCAAAUACUUCAUCAACUACUUCUUCUACAAGUUUGGCCUCGAGACGUGCCUGCUGCUGGUGGUCAAUGUGAUCGGGCAGCGGAUGGACUUCUACGCCAUGCUUCACGCCUUCGCCCUGAUAGCUGUCAUGUACAGACGGAGAAGGAAAGCCAUCGCUGAGAUCUGGCCAAAGUACUGCUGCUUCCUGGCCUGCAUGCUGACGUUCCAGUACUUCGUCUGCAUCGGGAUCCCGCCUGCUGCCUGUAAAGAUUAUCCCUGGAGGUUUCCCGGCUCUUCUACCGACUCCAACGUGGUCAAAUGGCUCUACGUUCCAGAUUUCCUCACCAAGCCCAACCCAGCGUUCCUCAUCUAUGACUUCAUGUUGCUGCUCUGUGCCUCUCUUCAGAGGCAGAUCUUCGACGAUGAGAACUUGGCGGCCGUCCGCCUCAUGGCUGGCGAUAACGUUGAGAUCUGCAGAGAUUUAGACGCCGCCUCCUUUAGCGUCCACAACCCCGUUCCUGACUUCAUCCACUGCAGGUCCUACCUGGACAUGCUGAAGGUGAUCAUGUUCAGCUACCUGUUCUGGUUCGUCCUCACCAUCAUCUUCAUCACUGGGACCACGCGGAUCAGCAUCUUCUGCAUGGGCUACCUGGUGGCCUGCUUCUACUUCCUGCUGUUUGGAGGCGACCUGCUGCUGAAGCCCAUCAAGAAGAUCCUCCACUACUGGGACUUCCUGAUCGCCUACAACAUCUUCGUCAUCACCAUGAAGAACAUUCUGUCUCUCCUGGCUUGUGGCUACAUUGAGCCUCUGAUGAAGAGCUCGUGCUGGUUGAUCCAGUUGUUCAGUCUGGCCUGCACCAUCAAGGACUACAAACAAGAAACCACUCAGGAGGACAUACCUCCUAUAAAGCAGUGUAACCUGCCCGAGGACGAGGCCGGCAUCAUUUGGGACAGCAUCUGCUUCGCCUUCCUGCUGCUGCAGAGACGAGUCUUCAUGAGCUACUACUUCCUCCACGUGGUGGCGGACAUCAGAGCGUCGCAGAUCCUCGCCUCCAGAGGAGCAGAGCUGUUUCAGGCCACCAUAGUGAAGGCGGUCAGAGCCCGACUGGAGGAGGAACGAAAGUCUGUGGAGCAGCUGAAGAGACAGAUGGAGCGCAUUAAGGUCAGGCAGCAGAAGUUUAAAAGGGGCAAAGAGAGGAUGAUGAACCUGGCGCAGGGGUCUGGAGAAGGACAAGCGCUCGUGCAGCCGGAUGACGAGGACGAUGAUGAUGGAGCACAGCGCACCAAAGCCAAGACCAAAAAAAAGCAGUGGUGGAGGCCGUGGGUUGACCAUGCUUCCAUGGUUAGAAGUGGAGACUAUUACUUGUUUGAAACCGACAGCGAGGAAGAAGAGGAAGAGGAGGAGAAAAAAGACGAGGAGCCGCCCAAAAAGUCAGCGUUUCAGCGAGCGAUCGGGAAGUUCGUCUCCGCUGUUCUGGCUUUGCCCAGAUCUAUCAUUAAGCUGCCUAAAACUGUGCUGCAGUACGUAGUGAAGGCAGGAAAGUUCCUCUACCACGCCUGGAUCACCGACCCUAAAGCUGCUCUGAGGGCUCGGGCCAAAGACAGACGCAAGUUCUGGAAGAAAUACACCAGGGGGGUUAGAAAACGGAAGAGCAAGAAGGAUGGUCAUGUGACCAUCGAGGUCGGAGAGCUUUCUGAUGGGCAGGAAAAGACGGAAGAGAACAAGAAGGCCGGUGGUCCAGACAACAUCAUCAAGCGAGUGUUCAACAUCAUAAAGUUCACCUGGGUGCUUUUCCAGACAACGGUGGACAGCUUCACUAAGUGGAUGAACGACAUGUGCAGGGAGUACAUCGACAUCUCCACGGUGCUGAGGAUAGAGCGCUGCAUGCUGACCAGAGAGGUCAAGAAGGGCAACGUGCCGUCCAGAGAGAGCAUCCACGUCUACUACCAGAAGGCCAUGAGGCUCAACAUGUCCAGACAGGCCAGCAUGGAUCAGCUCAGCGAGGACGGGUCGGCCUCGGGCUCCAGCAGGGUGCAAAGGAGGCGGAGAAGAUACCAGAUGGAAAGUCAGGACUCCACGGCCUCUAGAGACAGCAUAUCCAGCGCCUUCACCGAGGCCACCACGCUGUUUUCUCGCCAGUCCACCCUGGACGACCUGGACGCAGAGUUCAUUCCCAAAACCAGCGAGCGCGCCAGGCCCAAGCUGCGUAAGAUGUACGGCCUGGACAUGUCCAACUCGUCCAUGGACAGUGGCAGCAGCUUCAUCUCCAGCGAGACAACCCAGUGCGUCAUGCUCUACUCCAGACAGGGAACUACAGACACCAUAGAAGAAGUGGAGGACGAGCAGGACCAGGGUGAAGAGCGGCAGCAGGUUCCCUGGGAGUCCCAGCAGCUGGAUGAGAGCGAGGAGGCUGAAGGUGAACACUGGAGUGAUGGAGAACCUGUGGAGGAACAAGAAGAGCAGCAGGAGGAAGACUGUGAAGACGGUGAUCAAGGUGAAGACGGUGUGGAAGGUGUGGAAGGUGUGGAAGGUGUAGAAGGUGAGGAAGGUGAGGAAGGUGUGGAAGGUGUGGAGGAGCUACAGAGAGUUGAGGUACCAGAGGACCAGGAAAGAGAGGAGGCUCCCUGGGAGUCCUUUGGUCCAGAUGAGGGCCCCUCCUUAAGGCCGGAAGAGACGGAGUCUGGUCCCUCUGGUCAGGAGAAGGACUUCAUCACUGAGAGUGAAGAUGGAGGACAGCAGGACUUCAUGCAGACAGAAUCCCAGGCUGGGCUCCUCUACACUCCUGACACAGAUGCUUCCAAAACAUCUGACGCCGACAUACCUCCCAGCUACAGCAAAGCAGUCAGCUUUGACCGUCUGGAGGUUAGCGACGACGACAGCGACAUGGAGGACAGGAGGAGACGAAUGCUGAUGACCUCAGACAGCCGCUCAGACAGCAGGUCUGACAUCAUGCUGCCUUCGAUGACCACCGAGCUGACUGCCAGCGAUCUGCUGCUCAACAAGAUGUUUUAUGACGAGGAGCUGGAGCAGUCGGAUAAGUUCUACCGUGGCCAGCCUCUGAUCCUGCAGCUCUGCUACGCCCUCUACAACAUGCUGGUGGCGCGCUCGGAGUUCGUGUGCUACCUGGUCAUCAUCAUCAACCACAUGGUGUCAGCCUCCUGCGUCACUCUGGUCCUCCCCAUCUCCAUCUUCCUCUGGGCCAUGCUGUCGGUGCCUCGGCCCAGCAAGCGCUACUGGAUGACUGCCAUCGUCUACACAGAGGUCACCAUUGUCAUCAAGUACCUCUUCCAGUUUGGCUUCUUCCCCUUUAAUCAGAGCAACCAAUUCAAGAAUCAGCCGUAUUACCCUCCCAACAUCAUCGGCGUGGAGAAGAAAGACGGUUACGUCCACUAUGACCUGGUCCAGUUACUGGCUCUCUUCUUCCACAGGUCCAUCCUGAAGUGCCACGGGCUGUGGGAUGAAGACGACCCCAAAGAGAAGAAGGAGGUUUCCCGCCAGAGUGAGUCUGAGGAUGAAGGAAAAGAGAAGGAGAAGGAGGAGAGUGAGAAGGAGUCUGAACCUGCCUCAUCGUUGAUCAGUGAGAGGAGAAGCUCCACUCACACUCUGAGGUCCUUAAACUUUGGGACCUCCAUAGAUUCAGGACACGUCCAGGUUCAUUUCCCAACACAGCAGACCUACCAGAGACGUAAAAGCUCCAGCGGAGGCUCGCUGUCUCAUCGAUCCCUCCACUCAUCGGCAAGGUCCAAGAGAGGAAGUACCGCUUCCCACAACAGCAGCCGCAAGGACGGCAGCGAGGCCAGCGUCCAUCAGAAGACCCGCAAAGAGAUGAUCAUAGAGAAGCUGAGGGAGCAGGUCUUCAAAGCUAAGGCCUUCGUCAUAAAGCGGUUCAUGGAUUUCUACAUUCCCAUCAAGCAGUUCUUCUAUAACCUGAUCCAUCCAGAAUACAGCGCCGUCACAGACGUCUAUGUGCUGAUGUUCCUCGCUGACACAGUCGACUUCAUCAUCAUCGUGUUUGGGUUCUGGGCGUUUGGUAAACACUCGGCGGCGGACAUCACGUCGUCUCUGUCGGAGGAUCAGGUGCCGGGACCCUUCCUGGUCAUGGUCCUGAUCCAGUUUGGUACCAUGGUGGUGGACCGGGCCCUCUACCUCAGAAAGUCUGUGAUGGGCAAAGUCAUCUUCCAGGUCGUCUUGGUGUUUGGCAUCCACUUCUGGAUGUUCUUCAUCCUGCCGCACGUCACAGCAAAGCGUUUCGCUGAGAACACCGUGGCUCAGAUGUGGUAUUUCGUAAAGUGCAUCUACUUCGGGCUGUCGGCCUAUCAGAUCCGCUGUGGUUAUCCCACCCGUGUCCUGGGGAACUUCCUCACGAAGAGCUACAACUAUGUCAACCUCUUCCUGUUCCAGGGGUUCCGCCUGGUUCCGUUCCUGACGGAGCUGCGAGCCGUGAUGGACUGGGUUUGGACGGACACCUCGCUGUCCCUGUCCAGCUGGAUCUGUGUGGAGGACAUCUACGCUCACAUCUUCAUCCUCAAAUGCUGGAGGGAGUCUGAGAAGAGGUACCCCCAGCCACGAGGCCAGAAGAAGAAGAAGGUGGUGAAGUACGGGAUGGGAGGGAUGAUCGUGGUGCUGCUGAUCUGCAUCGUCUGGUUCCCGCUGCUCUUCAUGUCCCUCGUAAAGUCUGUGGCCGGAGUCGUCAACCCGCCGCUGGACGUCUCGCUGAAGAUCACCCUGGCAGGCUUUCAGCCCAUCUUCACCAUGAGUGCUCAACAGACCGCGCUAAAGGAUGUGGAAGAGGUCGACUUCAACAAUUUUGUCAGACUGUUUAAGGACGAUGUAGCCUUGGAGUGGCUGGAAGGCUACACUGCAGAGGAUCUGAUCAUCGCUAAGCUAAAAGGCAACUCCAACUCUCUGUGGACCAUCAGUCCUCCCAGCAGACUCAACCUCAUAGAAAUGCUGAAUUCCACAGAGGAGUUUCCCAUCACCGUGUCCUGGUCUGCACAACGAGAGCUCAGUCGAGGAGCCAAAGCUGAAACAGCGUCAGGAAAACUAAUACAAAAACUGAGCGAUAAAACAAAGAAGGAGCUCAUCAAGAUCCUCAACGGGCAGCCGGCAAACUCCACAGUGACCCUGACAAAGAUCAUGCCUCGGUAUAUUCGAGCCCAAAGCGACUCAGACGCGAAGCCGGUAACAGAGCUUCAGAAAGAGGACGACUGGGGAAGCAUAACGCUGACCUUGCAGCGAGCUCAGAAUACAUCAGAACAGGUCCAGGAAUGGUGGACUGUAAACCAGGCAAAGCCCGGCCCCUUAGAAGGAGACUAUCGGACCGACGUUGGCGUGGACAUCUACGUGUUCAGCGACCAAGUCAGCCCGCCCAGUCUGGGCUUCCUGGCUGGAUACGGCAUCAUGGGUCUGUACGCCUCCGUGGUUCUGGUCAUCGGGAAGUUCGUUCGUGAGUUCUUCAGCGGCAUUUCCCACACCAUCAUGUUCGAGGAGCUGCCCAACGUGGACCGGAUCCUUAAGCUGUGCACCGACAUCUUCCUGGUGCGAGAGACGGGCGAGCUGGACCUGGAGGAGGACAUGUACUCCAAGCUCAUCUUCCUCUACCGCUCACCGGAGACCAUGAUCAAGUGGACCCGGGAGAAGACCCAGUGAUGAGCGGAGGAAGGAGUUCUGCGUUUAGUCGCUCUGCAGGUGGGAGCAGCUGUUUCAGGCCCACGAGGACCACAUUCCUCCUCUUCAGCUGAGCUCAGAGGGCCGAAAUGUGACAAAAAAAACACAUUUCUGGGUUACAAACAAGCAACAACAGUCACGUUAUUUAAAGUAGAGCACAGAUUUGUAGGUGCUGUAUUUAUCGUGGGGUUAAUGAACAGCUGGAGGCCUUUAGGACGUCUUCUCUCAGCUAUAAUCACUGCUAUAAAAGGAGAUUUUUAAACACCUGCCUCUUUACGUUUUCACAGUCGCAUGGCAGGUGGAGAGAAACACUAACUGGCUGCAACUUUACUCUUUAAGGGCUUCCUACCGACGAAUACGUGCACAGAAACGACCACACGAGCACAAUCUCAUACUCUGUCCAACUGGAACGUUCGGAUCGUGGGACUGUGCAAUACUGAGCUCCUGUUCCUGCAGGUUUUAGAGGACGUGGAGCAAAUAAAACGGUCAUUUACAACCAAGAAAACGCAAACUUCAAGGCAACUUUCUGUUUUUUUUUUAAUUGUCAGAUAAUAAGUGGGAAAAAAAACGUCAUCAGACAAUCUUUACUUGCCUUAUUUUGUUUGUAUGAGAAGAACUCUUACAUAUCUUUUCUCAGGAAGAGCUGUUUUCACAGAUAUCCAUCGUGUAUGUUACAACAUGUAGGCUUUGUUGGAUUUAAAGGAGGUCGUAGGAGAAAGGGAGAACUAUUUAAAUGGCAUGAAAUAUUAUGUGGAAGCUGUUUGUUUACAGGGACACAGUUAGAGGACGCACCGAGGAGGGAAACGUGUCGCCGUGGACUUUAUUUCUCUGCAGAGAUUUUUGCCAAUCCUCAGACGUUCUUCAUCGCCCACCGGUCGGCUUGUGGAGACGAGGUCAGCAGAGGGCUGUUCCUGGAUCACAUGACAUGAAAUUUGUCCUAAACGACACAAAAAUUAUCCCAAAACACACAAAAAUGAUCCAAAAUGACCAGAAACGAUCCAAACUGACAUAAGGCUUGUUGAAAACGACUUGAAACUCGUUCAUAAUGACUUGAAAAUGAUCCAUAAUUAUGGAAAAUUUGUCCAGAAUUACAUGAAAUUUGUCCGAAAUGACUCGAAAAUUGACACAAAAAUGGUCCAAAAUGACUGAAAAUUAUCCAAGCUGGCAUAAAAUUUGUUUAAACGGACAAAAAAAUGUUCUAAAUGACUUCAGUUGUUCAAAAUGACUUGAAAAUUAUCUAUAAUUACAGAAAUUUGUCCAGAAUGACAUGAAAUUUGUCCUAAAUGAUUUCAAAAUUACCCAAAAGACACAAAAAUGAUCCAAAAUUUUGAGAAAUGAUCCAAGCGGACAAAAAAGUUGUCCAAAAUGACAUGAAAUUUGUCCUAAAAGACAAGAAAAUCAUCCCAAAAACACAAAAAUUGUCCAAAAUGAUGAGAAAUGAUCCAACCUGAUAUAAAACUGUUGAAAUUGACAAAAAAUGACUCGAAAAUUGUCUAAAAGGACUUGAAAAUGAUCUAUAAUUAUGGAAAAUUAGUCCAGAAUGACAUGAAAUUUGUCCUAAAUGAUUUCAAAAUUACCCAAAAUGAUGAGAAAUGAUCCAAGCCGACAUAAAACUUGUUGAAAAUGACUCAAAACUUGCCCAAAAUGAUUCGAAGCUUGUCCAAAAUGACUCAAAAUUGUCCAAACAUUGUUCAGAAUGACAUGAAAAUGAUCCAUAAUUACAAAAAAUUAGUCCAGAAUGACAUGAAAUCUGUCCUAAAUGAUUUAAAAAUUACCCAAAAGACACAAAAAUUGUCCAAAAUGAUGAGAAAUGAUCCAAGCUGAUAUAAAACUGUUGAAAUUGACAUGAAAUUUGUCCUAAAUGACUCAAAAAUCACCCAAAAGACACAAAAAUGAUCCAAAACGACUUGAAAUUUGUCCAGAAUGACUUGAAAAUUCUGCACUGAGGAGAGGAACGUGUCGCCGUGGACUUCAUUUCUUUGCAGAAUUUUUGCCAAUCCUUCGAUGUCCUUCAUCGCCCACCGGUCGGCUUUUGGAGACGAGGUCAGCAGAGGGCUGUUUCUGAAUCAGGGUAACGUGCAUUAAGGUGGCGGUGGCUGUUUUUCAUCCUCACCGACACCGUGGCGCCUCCAGCCGUGCAUCAAGGAAGAAAAACAAAAAGAUUCCUCACACGAAGGGCUGAGACUUGGAGCCCUUUGGUCCAAACUAUGCAUUAGAGGACACUGUAGCAUGAGAGACAAACUUCAUUAUUGCCAUGACUAACUUUCAGUACGUGUACAUAGGAGUUAGGAGGAAAUGUGAACCUGUAUGCUAAGGCCAUGUGGUAUGAUAGAGGUCCAGAGAUCUGCUAAUAAAACAUGUGGAGGAAAGGA